AUGAACGGUACGUUUUACGAGCAGCUCGGGGGUGUGGCCGGGAUUUUUGAGCAAUGGGGCACUUGCGAACGGACUGUGGUGGCCUGUGCACUGGCGCGUCGAGUUCCUUGGCCUGGCAUAAAGCUCGUUCAAAGAGCUGUGGAGGCUGCACUACAAAACCAUGUGGAAGACGAACGCCUGGAGAGAGAUGCAAAUGACGAGACGCUGCUUGCCAGCUUACUGACCCCAAGGACUGACGACGAUGAUGACGAGGGGUGUGAACGGUUGCGUCAGCUAUUGACACUUCUCCCACUUUUAAGAAGUGACAAUGAGCGUGCGAAGAGUGUGUAUGUUAAUGCUGUACCAGUGCUGGUCCAGCGUUGUGUGGACGCACCGCGACGGAACUCUGCCACGCCAGAACUUUGUCGACAACUUUUAUCAUACUUGCUGGUGCAUCCAGCACUUAUGCAUCAUGAGCAAAGGACCCUAACACAAUGGCUACGCUACUUAGAAAAUCACAUCUCGGGCAACAGAAACACGGAAUCCGUUUGGCAGCAACGAAUAGAUCCUUGUUUGUUACCCGAAACAAAUAUAUGGGGCACUAAUAACGCUUUCAGACGGACUAUCGGCAAAAACGUCGAAUUUAGAGGCAUUUUAGAUUCAACUGACCAUAUGUCAUACACUGAUCUUUUACAAGAAUCUUUCUCCAAGAAUGGCAGAGAUGUGGAUAUAAGUUUAGAUGGUGAAAUGGUUAAUUUUGACGGUGCAAUUUCACAGCCCAAGGCUCAAAGGUCGAAUAGCUUGACACCCCCCUCAUCGAAUUUCAUGCACAUGUCAUCAUCUGCGGAGAACUUAAGUGAUGAACCAUUUGUACAGAAACCGAGAAGUUUUUCACUAUCCAGCGAGCACAGCUUAGGUCAAAUUAGGCCUAUUAGUAUAAUGUACGGUACAACAGGCAGUGAAACUAGAUUAGAUGACCUCAGGUCAAAUAACUUUGCGGAACAUCCUGGCAUGUCAAACGUAGCUCAAUGGCUGAAAAGUUUAAGGCUUCACAAAUAUGUUUGGCUUUUCACAAACAUAAGUUAUGAGCAAAUGAUGGCCAUAGACGAGGAGUAUCUUGAGAAAUUAGGUGUGACGAAAGGCGCCCGGCACAAGAUCCUAGUGUCGAUCCGCAAGCUGGGCGAGCGCGGCGCGCUGCUGGCGGCCGUGCGCGCGGAGCUGGCGGCCGUGGCGGCGGCUGGGGGGCCGGGCGCGGCGCCGGGCGCGGGGCCGGGUGGGGGCGGGGGGUCGGGCGGCGCGGGGGGCGCGGGGGGCGCGGGGGGCGCGGGGGGCGCCGUGUGCCGCGCGCUCGAGCGCCUGCGCGCGCUGCUGCUCAGCCCCAUGCCGCCCGCCUCCGACCUGCCGCCCGCCAUCGUCGACGCGCUUGAACUCGCGUCAAAGUGUUUGACCAACGCCACUGCGAGCGGAACAGCAGACAACGAGGCUGAUCACGUGGACCCCAUGUCGUUGCAUUGCUGGCUUAUAGAGAAGGCGUUGCACCACGAAUCAUUCCGAGGGCCGGAGCUGCAGGCGGCGCUGCGGCGGCUGCGGCACCGGCUGCCGCCGCGCCAGUUCUUCCAGCGCGUGGGCGAGCUGCCGCUGCAGCCGCUGCACCCCCUGCAGCACCGUCACACCCACAAGCCCAGGUGGCGGCCAAUGGGCACGUGCCCGCGAUCAGACGGGCACCGCAGCUGGGCGCCGGCGCCGCGGGGCAAGUCGCACUCGUACCCGCCGUGGCCGGGCGCCUGGCCGCCGCCCCCGCGCCCGCGGCCCCGCGCCCGCGCGCGCCCGCCGCACGCGCCGCUCACGUCGCCGCGCACCUCGCCGCUCCCCUCACCCCUGCCCUCCGACGACUAUUCCGGCCUGGACGCGCUCUGCCUGCAGAUGACAGAGCAGGCCAUCAACUAA